AUGAGUAAAACCAUUUCUAUCAAGUACCCGGAAGUUCCACUUGAACAUUACAUUUCCGAUGGCAAACUUGAAGUUGGCGAUAAGGUUGAGCUAAAGGGUGAACCUUUGGAGAAUGCCGUGAGGUUUUCCGUCAACUUCAUCGACAGCUCGACCGAGCAAUGCAUCUUCCAUUUGGACUUCCGAUUUAAUGAGGAAGAACCCUAUAUAAGGACUGUGGUUCGCAACACCAAUUUCCCUUAUGGCACCUGGGGUGAGGAAGAGCGUGCCGACAACCCGCUUCAAAGAGGAGAGAACUUCAAGAUUCAGAUCAAAGUCUUGGAGGAUCGUUUUGACGUUGAAGUGAACGACGCUCAUAGUUUUGACUUUGUUCAUCGUGUUUCGCUCGGCAACGCAAACGUAAUCAACAUUAAGGGAGACGUCAAGAUUAAAUCUGUUAAGAUUAAGGAGUGUUGA